AAACGUUUCAACAAUUAAUAACAUUAAAUAACAUUUUUAAUGGGAAUCGCACUUAAACUUGCCUUAUUCGGUGACAACACAUGCACAUUCCCACCAUUUUAGUAUUUCAAGUUGACUUAAUAAGAAACCUCCAUUUCAUUAGCCAUGUAAUUAACAGCCUAAUCUUGCUCCCUAUAAAACCAGUUUUCAGCCUUUUCUUUUUUCUCCAUACUACAUCCCAACUGCAUCUAUUGCAUCCAAGUUUUACCUGUUCCUAUAUAAAGAGCAGUCUAGAAGGUGAAGGUGACAUCACUGGUGUCAGAAUGAGGGUUCUGGCAAUUGCAUUAAUUUUGAUGGUAGCAUGCUUCUGUUGUAUGGCUGGGAAUAGGUGGAACAUAGAGGCCCAAAUGCAUGGAAAAACCAAGCAACUUAGUUACGACAAUAAUCACCAUGGCAAAACCCCUGCCACAGCCCACUUUGACGUCAUUCGUGGUAAUGAUUUUGUUAAACCUGCCUCUGUCCAAUAUCAUGUCAAUGACGAUAAUUCUAAUAUGGAUAAUUAUGGCAAACCUGGGGGACUAAGAAAAACCCAUGGUUAAUCAUCUCAAGGGCAUGCUUCUUCCCUCACAAGAAUCAUCACACAUGCUAUUCCUAUCACAGAUGUGACGAGGAAUUCAAAUAUAUGGCUGCUAUACAUAGAUGAAGAUGAUAUAUAUGUGUAACUUUGUGCGAAAUGUUUGAUAAAUAAAUCCGUUACUGGUAGACAUGUAUGUGUGUGAAAGUAGAUUACGAGAAAUUCCUGGCUGUUCCUUUCACAGAUGCAAGAAUUUCUCAGUACUUGUAGAACUGAGUCUAUAUCUCAGUACCUGUGUAUGUUGUGUCCCCUUCGAUCAGUGUGUACCUAUAAAGGAGUGCAGUAGUAAUUAUGAUCAUCGUUUUCUGUUCAUAAAUAAAGAUAUUAGACGCUUUGUUUGCUUCUCUGUGCUCCUACCAUUUCUUACAAAAUAAAUGCAUGUCUUUUCAUCAAUAA